AUGGGCGGGAACCACUCCCACAAGCCCCCGGUGUUUGACGAGAAUGAGGAAGUCAACUUUGACCAUUUUCAGAUUCUGCGGGCCAUUGGUAAAGGCAGUUUUGGAAAGGUGUGUAUCGUGCAGAAGCGAGACACCAAGAAAAUGUAUGCGAUGAAGUACAUGAACAAGCAGAAGUGCAUCGAGAGGGACGAGGUGCGCAACGUCUUCCGGGAACUCCAGAUCAUGCAGGGCCUGGAGCAUCCUUUCCUGGUCAAUCUUUGGUACUCCUUCCAGGAUGAGGAGGACAUGUUCAUGGUGGUGGACCUGCUGCUGGGAGGGGAUCUGCGCUAUCACCUGCAGCAGAAUGUACAUUUCACAGAAGGGGACGUGAAGCUCUACAUCUGUGAGCUGGCCCUGGCCCUGGAGUAUCUGCAGCGGUACCACAUCAUCCACAGAGACAUCAAGCCAGACAACAUAUUGCUGGACGAACAUGGACACGUUCACAUCACAGACUUCAACAUAGCGACAGUCGUGAAAGGCGCAGAAAAGGCUUCCUCCAUGGCCGGGACCAAGCCCUACAUGGCGCCGGAAGUGUUCCAAGUGUAUGUGGACGGAGGCCCUGGGUACUCCUACCCUGUUGACUGGUGGUCCCUGGGUGUCACGGCCUACGAGCUGCUGCGGGGCUGGAGACCAUAUGAAAUCCACUCGGCCACACCCAUCGAUGAGAUCCUUAACAUGUUCAAGGUGGAGCGCGUCCACUACUCUUCCAUGUGGUGCAAGGGCAUGGUCACCCUGCUAAAGAAGCUCUUGACCAAGGACCCUGAGAGCCGCCUGUCCAGCCUUGGUGACAUCCAGAGCUCACCCUAUUUGGCCAACAUGAACUGGGAUGCGGUGUUGGAGAAGGCACUGACGCCCGGCUUUGUGCCCAAUAAAGGGAGACUGAACUGCGAUCCCACAUUUGAACUUGAAGAGAUGAUUCUUGAAUCCAAACCACUUCAUAAAAAGAAGAAGAGGUUGGCAAAGAACAGAUCCAAAGAUGGCUCAAAGGACAGCUGUCCUCUGAAUGGACACCUCCAGCAGUGCUUGGAGACUGUGCGGAAGGAAUUCAUCGUAUUCAACAGAGAGAAGCUGAGGAAGCAGCAGGGGCAGGGCGGCCAGCUCUUGGACAUGGAAGGCCGAGCCGGGAGCCAGGCCCAGGGCAAGCUCCAGGAUGGGUGUAACAACAACAUUCUGGCCCACGCCUGUUCUCGUGGCUGCAGCAGCUAA